GGUUUAUAAAGGUCUGUCAUUAAACAAUAUUCCCUCGUCCCCUGCUCUUCCCGCGAGAUUCAUUCUCCAGAUUUUGCGUAUUCAUCUACGGAGUAGUUAAAAAGAGACGCCUUUUGGAACUGGUCUUGAGAAUAGUUGACGAUGGCUGGUGCUCCCACUCCCGCAAUUGACGACGUCAAUAACCUUCCUUCAAUCGAGGUCGACGACUCUCAGAGCGAUGACGAAGUUUACCAAGAAAGCCUUUCGGCCUAUACGGCUUCCCUGACUUCAUCCGUCCUAGAUUAUCGAUUUGAAAAUAACAGACGGUAUCAUGGAUUCCGCGAUGGCAAAUAUCUCGGGCCAAACGAUGAUAAAGAAGCGGAUCGACUGGACACGAUCCACGAACUGAUGCUGGAGACAUUCAACCGAAAAUUGUUUUUCGCGCCUAUUGGAACAUCCCCCCAACAAGUUCUGGAUAUUGGAACUGGAACAGGUAUUUGGGCAGUUGACUUUGCCGAAAAAUUUCCCGACGCAGAGGUGACCGGUAACGACCUGAGUCCAAUUCAACCCACUUUCGUUCCGUCCAACGUCAAAUUCGUUGUCGAGGAUUUCGAAGAUGACUGGAUUGAGGAGUCGAAAUACGACUUCAUCCAUGGCCGCUACCUAGCUGGCUCUGUUCAGGAUUUUCCUAGACUCCUGAAACAAGCGUUCAAUGCCACCAAACCAGGAGGAUGGAUCGAAAUGCAGGAUUGGGAUGUAUACGGCUAUUCAGAGGACGGCUCUGCUAAGGGCACCACAAUCGAGCGAUACUUCAAAGUUCUUGGUGAUGCUUUCGGAAAAGCUGGUCGUGUCUUCAGCCCAGGUCCCUUGUUGGAAAAUUGGUUGGUGGAGGCCGGUUUUGUUGACGUGAAAGUCACGAAGUUCAAGAUUCCAAUGGGUGCCUGGCCAAAGGAUAAGUACUUUAAAACCCUUGGUGUGUGGAACAUGCUCCAAGCCCAAACCGGAUUCGAAGCCAGUGCUCUCGCCGUUUUGACAAGAUACGAAAAUUGGUCCACCGCAGAGAUCAAAACCCUUGUUGACCAGGCUUUGAAGGAUGUGAAGAAUCCGAAGAUUCACUUUUUGUUUGACUUUUACUGCAUAUAUGGCCGACGACCGGAAUAAAAGGAUAUUGUUACUAUGCGGCUAGUCAUGCCAUUUUUUCAUACACAGCUGGGUUUGGCAGAUUUAUAUAUAUCGGCUCAAACCUCAGUUUUGAAUAACGAUAAUGAUCAUACGGACGAAUAAUGGAAAAAUAUAUAAUGAUUGGGCCUUCGUGUCCAUGCCCAUAAACGAUUUCCAUCCGAAGGCACAGCAUCGUAUAUGGCAAAAUAUCCAGAAAGAGUACA